GUCCGGUGUGACUUAUCUAUCCUACACUGCUGCUGUCGGUAACGGAGCGGCUGCGCACACACCUACACACACUCCUCUCUCUCGCUCUCUUUACAAUACCACACACACACACACACACACCGGAGCGCAGGAGCGGACUAGCGCACUGGGAAGAAGGGAGAGAAGAGAAACAGAGAGAGGCGACACAAGUCAGACCGGCUCGAGCAGGGGAAUGUGCCGGAUUCCGCUGCGCACACACCCGGGCUGUCCCGCACUGAGGGCUCCACUGCGUUAACGGGAGACGACACAGGGCUGAUACUGAGGCACCGGGACCAGGACCAGAGAGGGACAAAGUAAAAAAAAAAAAAAAAAGUAGUCACCUGGCUGCGGAGGAAAUUAGAGAGGGAGGGGAGUGGAGGAGGGCGGGAGGUGUACCCGCCUCACAGAGCCUUGUUCUGGGGGUAACGCCACUGCUUGCGCGCAACGGAGAGUAAGCGCAAAGUUUCCUCGAUGGCGCUGGUGAUGGAGCCAGUGAGCAAAUGGAGCACAAGCCAGGUGGUGGACUGGAUGAAAGGUCUGGACGACUGCUUGCAACAGUAUGUGUGUGUCUUUGAGCGCGGAGGUGUUUGUGGGGAGCGGCUGCUGAGGAUUAGCCACGCCGAACUUGAGGAGCUGGGAGUCUCUCGCAUCGGACACCAGGAGCUCAUUCUGGAGGCUGUCGACUUGCUCUGUGCCCUGAACUCAGGGCUGGAGACAGAGAGCGUCAGGACUCUGGCUCACAAGCUCGGCGCCUCAGCCAAGAACCUGCAGAACUUCAUUUCCGGACGGCGUCGGAGCAGCCAAUCAGAGAGCAGGAGCUCGCGGCGCCUCCCCAAUGAUCUGCUGACCUCUGUGGUCGACCUCAUCACCGCUGCCAAGAGCCUGCUGGCCUGGCUGGACAGGUCUCCCUUUGCUGCAGUGGCAGACUACUCAGUAACCCGAAAUAAUGUCAUUCAGCUCUGCCUGGAGCUCACCACCAUUGUACAGCAGGACUGUACGGUGUUUGAGACGGAGAACAAAAUCCUUCAUGUGUGUAAGACUCUGUCGGAGGUGUGCGAGCACAUUGUGUGUGUGUCAUCGGACCCGCUGGUUUCGCAGUCAGCCCACCUUGAGCUGGUUCACCUCACCAACAUCAAGCCCUCUGAAGGCCUGGGAAUGUACAUAAAGUCAACCUACGAUGGACUCCAUGUUAUCACAGGAACUACAGAAGGGUCUCCGGCUGACCGCUGUAAGAAGAUCCAUGCAGGAGAUGAAGUCAUUCAAGUCAAUCAUCAGACCGUGGUGGGCUGGCAGUUACGUAACCUGGUCGGCUCGCUGCGGGCCGAUAAAGGCAUCGUGUCCCUGACCCUGAAGAAGCGUCCACAGAGCACGCUCAGCUCUGCCCCUGCGCUGCUGAAGAACAUGCGCUGGAAACCCCUGGCUUUGCAGCCGACCAGAAGCCCAGGCAGCAGUUCAGCCACGCCUUCAGGCACACCCACCAAGAACUCCGCCCUCCAGGAUCUUUACAUCCCCCCUCCACCUGCUGAGCCAUAUACACCCAGAGAUGAGACAGGAGCCUUGUCUGGUGAUGAAGCAUCUCGUAACCAUGGUGGCGUCAGCGCUGCUAAGCGCUCUGAGUCACCGAACUCCUUCCUGGAUCAAGAGUCUCGCCGGCGAGAAGAGGAGGAGCCCGUGUACUGCACCACACCCACAUACGGCAGGCUGAGGCCCAUCUCCAUGCCUGUGGAGUGUAACUGGGUGGGUGAUUAUGAAGACCCAGCCAAGCUUAACAGAGAAAGCCGCAGAGAAGCCUCGCUUAUGCGUUACGUGGGACUGUCCGGUGGGGACGAACGGACCAGCGGUGAAGACUACUCCUCCCACACAGCUCGUCCGGGCAAACGGUCCAAUGAUACGGCCAAACGUGCCAAGAGGCGGAGCCACCACAGUCAAAGCCCCUCCCAUUAUGUCCUUCAGACAAAUCAGAGAGAGUCACCUCCCAGGGACCCAGCCUCCAUUUAUCAUCAACCAGUGGUUGCCAGGGAGUCUCUUGACGGGUCUGUAAGCCUGUGUGACUGGGGCUUUUGGAGUCGAUUGCCAGUGAUUACCAUCAAACUACAGCAAUGGCUCACCAGCCUGUCAGGACGAAGUUUGGCCUCACUGAGUCGGAGGCGUGUUUCCUGCAAGGCGCUGGGCAGAGGAGACUGCGAGGGUUGGCUGUGGAGAAAGAGAGAUGCAAAGGGUUACUUUUCUCAAAAAUGGAAGAAGUACUGGUUUGUUCUGAAAGACAACUGCCUGUACUGGUACAUCAAUGAAGAGGAUGAAAAAGCCGAAGGUUUUGUCAGUCUUCCAGAAUUUAAGAUCGAUCGAGCCAGUGAAUGCCGCAAGAAGUAUGCUUUCAAAGCUUGCCACCCCAAGGUCAAGAGUUUCUACUUUGCAGCAGAUGGAGUGGAUGACAUGAACAGGUGGCUGAGUCGCCUCAACAUGGCCGCUGUAGGCUAUGCAGAGCGAGAGAGGAUACGCCAGGAGCAGGAUUACUGGAGUGAAAGUGAACAUGAGGAUGACGCUGCCUCCAGCCCCAAACAGGACAGUCCCCCACCUCCAUAUGACACCUACCCACGGCCUCCAUCAAUGAGCGCCUACUUGGAAGGAGGUCGGACCACUCGGCUGUCUUCCACAGAGACGUCUCGCUCUCGCUCAUCCCAAGAGGACUUCCUUUGUGGCGAGCCCCCUGCUGCAGCUGCAGAGCCGCAGUACCACCCUGGUCCUCUUGGGGGAGGCACCACACACAGUGGCAGAAAAGCAGGGGGCAGCAACAGCAGCGACGUACAGUACAGAUGUGAUCCUGUAGAGUAUCGCUCCAGUCCUGCUGGGGGCAGUAGUGAGACAGGGUCCCCGGGCCGCUCUUCAUCAUCGCAGAGGCGCUCUUGGCAGGACCUGAUUGAGACGCCAUUGACCGAGGCUGGACUGCACUACCUUCAAACUGGACCACUUGAGGACGCCGUCUUUGCUGAGCCAGGUGGUGGCUCAAUGAUGGCCGGAGCCGUUUACACUCUUCCUGCUCCGAGGAAUGUCCCGUUGCCCAUGGCAAUGCAGAGGCUGAUUCCUAUGGCAACCCAGGGAGGGAAACCCCGCAGCUUCACACUGCCACGAGACAGCAACCUCCACACGCUCCUCGCACCGCCUGCAAAAGAAGAACAGCAAACACACAACGGUGGCAGUGAAGGUGCCUCGCUGGGCGACCUGUUUCGUGCGUGCGAGCAGGGUGGGGUCUGUCCUCUGGGUCGGGGGUCGGAGUCCAAAGGUCAGUCAGAGUUCAGGCAGUCAUUUCUCCGAAGGGCCGCUGACCCUCAUCUCAACGAGCGCCUGCACCGCCUCCGCAUACUGACCUCCACGUUGAAGGACAGGGAGGGGGAACUAGCGCUGAUUGACAGGCUGCUGGCCAAACCCCAGCUGUCGUCGGCAGAGUUCCAGGAGUGGAAGAGAGCCUAUCAGGAGCUGUUCACUCAGGAGCCGAACUCGGCCGCCGACUCAGAUCCUGGCCCGCCCCUCACCCCGUCGCUCUCUCACACGCACUCCUACAUUGAGACACACGUCUGACGCGAAAAGCAAAAGCAACACACACGCUUAAAUUGCUCUCAUCAGCUGAUUUUGGAUUGAGUUGAACAAAUUGCAGUUGAUGCUUUGAGGCAUCAGAGCUGCGAUCGGAGAAAUCUUAGUGACGAACUGAGUCGAGAGGCGAGAGUAGAGAUGCGCUUUGAGCAGCCGCCGUGUGACAAGUGCAACAUGACGUGUUUUUGCGGAGACCCUCGUGUCACAUCAGUCUUCGAGCUGAUUGGUCAUGCCACUCCAGAUGGCUCGAGGGUGGACACUGACACUGAUUCUUGAGUAUUAUAUGUUAGCUUUUGUGCUGCGUACCUAAAAUACUCUCCAUGGAAAACCAUAUAAAGAAGGAUCUUCAUCAUCUUCAUACAGACUUCUCAUCCAGUGGGAUUACAGAGUUGUAUCUUUCUCCAUCUUGCUUAUUGUGCCAUUUUCAUACUGUGACUGCACAGUGUCUCAUAGACGCUCUAAUAGCCACAUACGUUGUAUUCUUUCAAGCCUUAUACUUGAUGUCUAUGAUGAUAUUUACUGUACAGUGAGUGCUACAGUAGACAACAAUAAGCAAAGGUCUUUUUUUAAAAAAACAAAACAAAACACUAGUCUCAGUUUCUAUCUAGUUUUAGAGACUUUUGUUUGUGCUGGUUUGGUAGAUUCGUGUACUGUGCUGGGCUGGACCUGAAGCAUGCACACUCCUCCUGGAAUAGGACCCAUUUGAAGGAAAAAUCCACCCUCAAAUGCUUUUCUAGCAAUGCAUCAGGCAUCACAUGGUGUAGUUAGGAGCCCAUUAUCUGCUGUUGCUUUAUUAUUGAACUUCAGUUCACACUCCAAAAACACAGUAUGGCUUUCACAAACUGCCAUUUACUGCUUUAUAACUUCGCAUAUGCACAUUAAAGCAGUGUGGUUUUUACAUUUUUCAAAAUAGAACACUACAUGCAGUUAAAUCUGUUGUACAGACAUAUACAGGCAUAAAUAGAGAACAACAGUUAUUCUUGUUGCUUCGAGAAUAAAAGCUUGCAAUGAUCAAGGGAGUUUUCAAGUUUCUUUUAAAAUUUUUGCACAAUAGUAAAUAAAAUAGGAUCUUUUAACGAUACUUUUAUUAAUUGCAAAACAAAAACAGCUACUAGAAAUGUCUAAUGUUUCGUUUACUUUGUAUACAUAUUGAAAGCUGCAUUUUAAUAACAUGUAAACAAAUACUAGGUGCCAUCCACAGAAAGAGGAAAAUAUAAUGUUACAUGGCUUUACUUAACAUUUCUUGCAAUGAUGAUAAAAGGUUUUGUCUUGCAUUAUAAUUAUUAUUGCACUGAAAAUUAGAAACUUGGUCUAACUAUAGAUGGAGCUUCCUAAAUCUGAGAGAGCUUCUCACUGAUGAAUAUUCUUUUUAGCUUUUGCAGAUAUGAAUGUUUAUAUAUAGUAUAGUAAAAGAAGUACAGUUCUGUUCCACCUAUGUGCAGUUGCCAGCUCCCAAUCUAGAACUGGUUUCCUACCCAAAAAUGGCACCAGUCAACACAAAAUUACUGGACCCAUAGUUUGAACCAUUGACAUCAGUGAUUAUGGGAAGAACUGAUGCAAGAAAUUCACCAAUGAUUGGCAGAUUCAGCCCACAGGUUCUGUUUGCUAUGAUUUUCUUUUCAUGUAAAUAAAUCCAACUUUUCAUAUCUUCCACAAUUUGGGCAAGUCAAAUUAGGAUUACUCCCUCCAUUACCCAGUCAAGUUGCUUCCAUGUCUGUCUUAACAUUAAUUUAACAUUUUGGAUAUAUGAAAUUUUGUCAGGUUAUUGACAAAAGUGUGUUUCAACCCUUGAGCACUAAAAUCCAAUCAGUUUAUCCUUGAGUUCAGGUGCCAAAAUUGAAGAAAUCGCCUCAAAAUUUUUAAGAGCUAUCAAUAUUGAAACAAUGCAGUGAACUGAUGGAUGAAAGCCAUAGAAACAUGCUGUCUCCAGCACUAGAGUUUUGGUUUUUCUUAUGCAGUGUAUUUGUACAUAAUACCAGAUAGAAGCUUUUACUUCAGAUGUACCUCUUUGAUAUUACCUUAAGUGAAACUUUCAUCAACACAAGGGGACAUUUUUCCAUUGGACAUGUGGAAAUAUUUUGCCUUUUGUAGGCCACCUUUGUAUUGGCUCAGUCACACUAGAGUAAAGAUAGAUUAACAACCUCUAUGCAGCUAGGAAAAUUUGGUGG